AUGGGCCCCACCGAGGUUGAGAUCUCCAUCGAGAGCCCUGACAGCAAAGCUGUCGAAACGAAGAUUGAGAUGUUGGAAUCCGCAUCUUCGAGCUCCCAAGAUUUGGGCUUUGACGUAAAGGCUACGAAGAAGCUGAUUAGGAAGAUUGAUUGGACACUUCUCCCAUUUCUGGCACUUCUUUAUCUUCUCAGCUUCCUCGAUCGCACCAAUAUUGGGAACGCCCGGCUUGCUGGCCUCGAGAAGGACCUUGGGAUGUCAGGCUUGGACUACAAUGUGGCUCUUGCAAUCUUCUUUCCAUUUUACGUCCUCGUCGAGCCACUGUCCAAUCUCAUGAUGAAGCGCACACGACCUUCGAUUUGGAUUCCCUCUAUCAUGGUUGCAUGGGCAGUCUGCACGACUCUUAUGGGUCUUGUUCAUAACUUUACAGGCCUUCUUGUUGCUCGGGCUGCUUUGGGCAUUGCAGAAGGAGGCUUAUUUCCUGGAGUGACAUUUUACAUCACCAUGUGGUAUAAGCGCCAUGAAUGUGGUCUGAGAAUGGCUAUCUUUUUCUCCGCAGCUACGGCCGCUGGGGCUUUUGGCGGUCUCCUGGCGCGCGGAAUCGUCGAAAUGGAUGGGGUUGGUGGCAAAUCUGGAUGGUCGUGGCUUUUCAUUCUCGAAGGCCUUUUGACAUUUAUCAUUGCUAUCAUUGCAUUCUGGACCAUGAACGACUAUCCUUCCACUGCAAAAUUCCUCACCCCAGAGGAGAAACACGAAGUGACUCGACGCCUGGAACGAGACCGAAGCUCUCUCGCCGACGAGUUCGACAUGAAAUAUUGCUGGGACGCACUUAAGGACUGGAAAAUCUGGGUUCAUAUGUUCAUCACCAUUGGGAUCUACACACCUUUGUAUUCCGUCUCCCUCUUCUUGCCAACAAUCGUCAAGACAUUGGGCUACACAAACGAGACAGCUCAGCUCAUGACAGUGCCGCCCUAUAUUGUGGCCUGCUUCUGCUGUAUCACCGGAGGCUAUGCCGCUGACAAGCUCAAGACCCGCGGACUCUUCAUGAUAGGAUUUAACCUCUCAGCAAUUCUUGGGCUUAUCUUACUCAUUUCAUCCCAGAACCCUCACGUCAAAUAUGCUGGGUGCUUCCUCUUCGUCGCGGGAAUCUAUCCUAAUGUUCCUCAAGGUGUUGCUUGGAAUGGCAAUAAUAUUGGUGGCUCCGUUAAGAGAGCAGUGGGUAUUGCAAUGCAUGUUGGUUUUGGCAACCUCGGUGGGGCCGUUUCUGGAUUCAUUUACCUUAGUUCCGACUCUCCCAAGUUCACAAAGGGCCACGCCAUCUUGAUCGGCCUGCUCACCAUGAGCACGUGCCUGCAGGUCUUCAUGACCACCUAUCUUCGGCGCGAAAACGCCCGUCGCAAUCGCGAGUAUAAAGCGCCAGACCAAUAUACCGACCAGGACAAGGCCGCGGAGAGGGAAAAAGGCGAUAACGCGACUUUCUUCCGCUACACCGUUUGA